AUGCCUCGCAAAAAAGAAGAAAAAGCCCCAGGUAUAAUACCUACAGACUGUCCGAACGACGAUCAUGAAGAAGUCAUCGAGCCUCUUCAGACGCCAGCGGACAACAACCAGGAAUCGGAGAGACAAGACAGGCCGCCGACCGACAAUGACAACAGCGGACGGUUACCCCGGAGACUGUACUCCCAAAGGUUGCGGCAGGCUCCCUCAGGCACCAAGCGAACCCUAGCCUCAGCUUUGAAAGACGAAGAACAGGCAAGGUCGACCCCCACAAGCUCGAUUCGAAGUUCGAUGGUGAGUCAUUCGUCCGAAGUUUGGUCAGAGACCGCCGAGGUAAAAAGCGUCUUAGACCAUGACGUGCCAGCCGUUGCUGGUAGGACGAAGGCUCCUGCACUCUCGAUUGUUCCCGAAAUAGACUGCAGAGUAGCUGUCUAUCUAUGUGAAGAACUCUUGGAACAUCCAGAAAACCUUCGUAUCUCCUGGCUCAGAGAGGGCCAGUACGAGUACGUAAAGAAAACCGUUCGUCGCCUUCUCCAAAAACAUGUUGAGAAGAAAGGAUACACCAAACGACCCAAUAUCUAUCGCACAUCUGCCGAAGUGAAACUUUUCAAAAGGACUACCAAAGAUCUUUUCCAAUUGGGGUCAGAUACGGUGCAGCAUCCAGACCAUUGGGCUGAGCGAGUUCCUAUUCUGGUAGCAAAACAUGGCUCGGAAAACCCGUUUGCUACAUUACAUCUGGAGGUGAUUUGGCGCUUCGACAUGAUCGACAUCCAUGGACAAGAUGGCAAAACCCUUGCUCAUAAAAUUUGGAAGGCUGUCCACUCCAAAUUGGUAUACAAUUGGAGAGAGGAGCCAUUUCUCCCAAAGACGGACCUUGACGCCAUCUUUUCCGAGGAGAUAAUCCGCGAGCUGAUUAACAAAGACGAGAGCUUGUCUCAGGACGGCCCAUGGUCGAAGAAUGCGAAGAGUGCUGAUUACAGGAAACAGCUUACGCAAGAGGUGUUCCUCAAUGCCUCUCUUCUCCUAGCUAUAUGCAUAUAUGCGGAAAGGCCACUCUCAUGCCUUUACCAUUUGAUCAUUGGCUCCAAGAUGCGCGACACUGAACUACCCUUAAAGACGGCUCCUGAAGGUUUCUCUGAUCGAGAUCUGCAUUUUCUGAAAUCGACGCAAAAGACUUUCCUUGUCUACAAUUUCAACGAAGCCAAACUACAAGAGAAGAUGCAAAGAGGGGAGUAUGAGGUGAUCCCUUAUUGGCAAGUAGUGCCGAUCACUGCUAAAGGAGAGUUGGGAAAGGGUGGGUAUGGUUUCGUGAAAGAGGUGAACAUCCAUUCCGACCAUCACAAUUUUAAGGAAAACGUUUUCGCACUUAAACAGCUGAAUGCCGUACCGGCGGUCUCAAGAGCAUUUGUCAAAGAACAUCACGUAUUCUCCAAUUUGAUGGGAGUUCAACAUAACAAUAUUCUCUUGCCACUGGCCAUGUGGAGACAGCAAGAUGCGGGAUCAGAUGACAGGUUUUAUAUGCUCUAUCCUAAGGCGCAAUGCAAUCUUAAGGAACAUCUGAGGAAAGACAGAAAACUACCGAGGCUGGAAAAAAAGUUUGUUGAGCAUCUGGUGCUGCAGCUUCGGAACUUAGCGGAUGCCCUGGAAUCAAUUCAUCUGCUGAGAAAGCGGUCAGGCCUGAUGGAAGAGGAGCCGAAGCAAUCUGACUUCUCAGGAGUCCCCAAUGAGUCUGCCAGCUCGUCGCUUCAUCCGUCCGCGGCAGAGAAGAAGCCCCGAAAAGCCGCCUAUCAUCACGAUCUGAAGCCAGAGAACAUCCUUGUUUUCGACGAUGGGACAUGGAAGAUAUCGGACUUUGGCACUGCUGGUGUUAUCCAGGCGAUCUCCGGCGGGAGCAUUUUUGAUGUGACUGAAAUCCAAUCCGGCGAUCCUAUUUACAGUCCGCCUGACCACGCCAUGAAAAAUCGCACGGCGAGGCCAUACGAUGUAUGGUGUUUUGGUUGUAUUCUCCUCGAGAUUCUUCUGACCAUUUUCGAAGAAGGUACUGCUGAUCAGCUCGAUGAAUUCCCUUCGAAGAGUCCAGAACCCCAUAGACUAGAUAAAUUCUACUGUGACAGGGCCGACAGUGUCGAUGGUGUUGCCGUUGCCGGACUCUUCUGGUACCAAAGAGACGAUGGACAGUUUGACCUCCGAAAGCCGGUCAAAGAACGACUUGCCACGCUUCACCGACGAACAAAAGAUUACGACCAAUUUGAUGCGUUAGUACAGCUUGCAGAAGAUAUGCUUUCCAUUCAUGCUAGCAAGAGACCAUCGGCUGAAAAGGUGUCAGCUCGAAUGAGAAAGAUUUAUGUGCAAGUCACACACAAUUUAAAGACAAAUGAGGACUUCUACGCCAUCCCUGGGAGCCUGGCUCAGCCCUAUGCAUCCCGGCCAACAACAGAUGCUGGGAGUCAUGGUUCUUCUCUCACAAUCGACGACAAAAUUCCACAUGAGUGGUCGUCAACUCAUACUCGCCAUUUAUCAUUGCCAGAGCUCCGGAGGAAUCGCAGGCACUCUGCUCCAAACAGUAGUCUCGCUCGACUAGACAUCGCUGGUGGCCCUGCAAACUACCCUGAUUCGAACUAUCAGACGGAAGUGGAUGGGACCGCAACGACUCCGACCGUUCGAGUCCAUUACGCUGAUAGGAUCUCUCUGGCGUCUUCUAACGACGAAGCUGUACCUGCUGAAGAGGCCCAGCGGGAGUCAUCCGGAGAGGGUUGA